AUGAUGAAUAAAAAAAAAGCUGGUGAUACUGAUUCAUCAUCAUCUUCAUCAUCAUCAACAACAACAACAAGACUAAAAUAUAAUACAAAAGAAAGAGUUUGUACAACAGUUCCAGCAAUACCCACAUAUCGUCUUGAUAUUGGAGAUUUAUUUUCUAAUUCAUCGGAUUCAAAAGAUAAACCUAAUUUAGAUAUACUUAAACAACAUAUUUUACUCGAAGGUCGUCUUACUGAACAAGCUGCACUUCGAAUUAUCGAAACUGGUACUACUCUUCUACGUGAAGAGCCAACAUUAUUAAAUAUUGAUACACCACUAACUAUCUGUGGUGAUAUUCAUGGACAAUUUUAUGAUUUAAUGAAAUUAUUUGAAAUUGGUGGUUCUCCAUCUGAUACUCGCUAUUUAUUUCUUGGUGAUUAUGUUGAUCGAGGUUAUUUUGGAAUAGAAUGUGUACUUUAUUUAUGGUCACUGAAAAUUAAUUAUCCUCAAACAUUCUUUUUACUCAGAGGAAAUCAUGAAUGUCGACAUUUAACGAAUCAUUUUACUUUCAAACAGGAAUGUAUUGUCAAAUAUACAGAAAAAAUUUAUAAUAGUUCUAUGGAAGCAUUUGAUUGUCUUCCAUUAGCUGCUCUUGUCAACAAUCAACUUUUAUGUGUACAUGCUGGUCUUUCACCAGAAAUUUAUACUUUAGAUGAUAUUAAACAGUUGGAUCGAUUUCGUGAACCACCAACUAAUGGUGCAAUGUGUGAUCUACUAUGGUCUGAUCCAGCUGAAAAUUAUGGAAAUGAAGAAGGAUUAUUAACAUUAGUUGCAACUCCUCGUAUGAAUGCACAAGAAAAAUUAUCAUCAUCAGCAAUAAUUAAUUCAUCAGAAUCAUUAUAUCUUCCUAAUACAGCACGUGGUUGUUCUUAUUUUUAUACAUAUGCUGCUAUUAAUGAAUUUUUAAUACGUAAUCAGAUACUUUCAGUAAUACGUGCUCAUGAAGCACAAGAUCUUGGUUUUCGUAUGUAUAAAAAAUCAUCUAAUACUGAAUUUCCAUCAUUAAUAACAAUAUUUUCAGCACCUAAUUACUGUGAUGUUUAUGAAAAUAAAGCAGCUAUUAUUAAAUAUGAAAAUAAUAUUAUUAAUAUUCAUCAAUUUAAUUAUUCAUUACAUCCAUAUUGGUUACCAAAUUUUAUGAAUAUAUUUACAUGGUCAUUACCAUGUGUUUGUGCAAAAGUCAAUGAUAUACUUUUAAAAAUUCUUAAUAUAUGUAGUGGUGAAGAAUUAAAUCAAUAUGAUGAACAUUUUUACUCAUUAAUUGAAAAUAAUCAAAUAGAACAACGUAAAGAACAAAUACGUUCAAAAAUACGUGCUGUUGGUAAAGUUGCUAAAAUUUAUAAAAAAUUAUGUCAAUUAAAUGAAAAUGUCAUUUCAUUACAUGGUUUAACACCAUCAACUAGUAUUACAGAAUUAGAUAAAGAUAUAACAGAUGAAGCUGAACUUGCAGCUUUAAUUCUUUGUCAAAAAGCAGCAUCAGCAAAAGAACAUUUUUCAAAAGUAAAAGUACUUGAUCAAGUUAAUGAGCGUCUGCCAUCACCUAGAAAAACAAUUCCAUCAGCUGAUCCAAAUGUAACAGUACAAGAAAUUGUUAAUAUGAUAUGUCAAAAUUAUGCUGCCAUACCACCAAGUUCACUUCUUAGACGUUCAUCAACACUAGUUGUGGAUUUACCAAUAGUUGCCAAUGAAAAAUCAACAUCAACUAAAAAAUAA